CGCCGCCGAGCCCUGCCUGGAUGCUCAGUCAAGGCACUAAGGCAAAAAAAAAAAAAAAAAAAAAAGAAAAAAAAACAAAAAACAAAAAAAAAAAAGAAAAAGAAAAAAAGAAAAAAAAAAUCAGCAAUUUAUAGAAAGAAGAAGCUAUAGUCUGUCGGGAUAUCCAACACCAACAGUAGGGCUUACUGAGAGCUCCAUUUCUGGAAAGCCUUUCAAGACUGAGGACUAUCAGACUGCGAAUCACCGGGAACGGUUCCUUUGCAGCACAGAAGCAAUCUCUCUCCCCAUCUUCGCAUAUUCUGAUGGCAAAACAAGUGGAAGAAAAGAGGAAGCAUGACUGCAGAUCAGAUCAGUUCUGUUUGUGGAUUAUAUUUUCAGUAAAAUGUAUGGAUCUAUCUUUUCCUUGUUCUUAUAUCUAGAUCAUGAGACUUGACUGAGGCUGUAUCCUUAUCCUCCAUCCAUCUAUGGCGAACUAUAGCCAUGCAGCUGACAACAUUUUGCAAAAUCUCUCGCCGCUAACAGCCUUUCUGAAACUGACUUCCUUGGGUUUCAUAAUAGGAGUCAGCGUGGUGGGCAACCUCCUGAUCUCCAUUUUGCUAGUGAAAGAUAAGACCUUGCAUAGAGCACCUUACUACUUCCUGUUGGAUCUUUGCUGUUCAGAUAUCCUCAGAUCUGCAAUUUGUUUCCCAUUUGUAUUCAACUCUGUCAAAAAUGGCUCUACCUGGACUUAUGGGACUCUGACUUGCAAAGUGAUUGCCUUUCUGGGGGUUUUGUCCUGUUUCCACACUGCUUUCAUGCUCUUCUGCAUCAGUGUCACCAGAUACUUAGCUAUCGCCCAUCACCGCUUCUAUACAAAGAGGCUGACCUUUUGGACGUGUCUGGCUGUGAUCUGUAUGGUGUGGACUCUGUCUGUAGCCAUGGCAUUUCCCCCGGUUUUAGACGUGGGCACUUACUCAUUCAUUAGGGAGGAAGAUCAAUGCACCUUCCAACACCGCUCCUUCAGGGCUAAUGAUUCCUUAGGAUUUAUGCUGCUUCUUGCUCUUAUCCUCCUAGCCACACAGCUUGUCUACCUCAAGCUGAUAUUUUUCGUCCACGAUCGAAGGAAAAUGAAGCCAGUCCAGUUUGUAGCAGCAGUCAGCCAGAACUGGACUUUUCAUGGUCCUGGAGCCAGUGGCCAGGCAGCUGCCAAUUGGCUAGCAGGAUUUGGAAGGGGUCCCACACCACCCACCUUGCUGGGCAUCAGGCAAAAUGCAAACACCACAGGCAGAAGAAGGCUAUUGGUCUUAGACGAGUUCAAAAUGGAGAAAAGAAUCAGCAGAAUGUUCUAUAUAAUGACUUUUCUGUUUCUAACCUUGUGGGGCCCCUACCUGGUGGCCUGUUAUUGGAGAGUUUUUGCAAGAGGGCCUGUAGUACCAGGGGGAUUUCUAACAGCUGCUGUCUGGAUGAGUUUUGCCCAAGCAGGAAUCAAUCCUUUUGUCUGCAUUUUCUCCAACAGGGAGCUGAGGCGCUGUUUCAGCACAACCCUUCUUUACUGCAGAAAAUCCAGGUUACCAAGGGAACCUUACUGUGUUAUAUGAGGGAGCAUCUGUAAAUCUUUAGCCUUGUGAAAACUAACCUUCUCUGCUGAGCAAUUGUGGCCCAUAGCCAUAUUUUGAGAAGAAAUUCAAGAAUGGAAUCAGCAGUUUUAAGGAUUUGGGCAACAUUCUGCAGUCUUUGCAAUAGUUCACCUAUAAUCCUAUUUUAAAUCUCAGAGUGAUCCUGCUGACUGCCAGCGAAGGUUUGUAAUUAAGAAAGGACUGAACCACUGCCCUAAGUUUCUUUAUGUGGUCAAAAACUAGAUAAUGAAAGUAGCAGGUGCUAAGUAUCAGUGCUAAAUGCUCUGUAUGUCACUACAUAUGAAAAAACAUCAAAAAACAAUUAGCAUUGGACAUCUUAAUAAAUUAACUUGACAUGAGGUAAAUGUGUUGAUAAAAACUAAUUUUAGAAGUUUGAAGACUUUAAAACAUUUCAUACUAUUAUUGUUUUGCAAAGACUAAAAUAUUUGGGGACUUAAAGUACUGUAAUCCACUAAAGACGUGCCAAUGAAUUAUUGGAAUAUCACACUUUAAAAACCGCCUUGUAAGUUCUAGGGAGCAUUCCAAAGCAGUAUAUUGGUUCCAAUUAGAGUUUACUUUUUUUGUAUUAAUACAUUGCUAUUUCUAAAUACCAAUUUCCUUAUCUACUAGUAAGAUUGCUAGCAUUGAACUGUAUUAUGUGGUUUUCGUUGAUUUGGUAUAAAGUUUUUCCAAUUCAUUUAUAUUUUACAAAUGCUAGAUAUUGGUCUGGGAGGCAACAUUAAUGGUAGCAACCUGUCACAACGGAGCAGUUCUAAUAAUGCAGAAUAAACACAUGUUGCCUUAAAGGGUUAUCUAGUAUCCUUCAUCUUAUUUAGCAUUGGAGCAAAUAGCCAAGGGAAAUCAAAUCAGUAACCGGUCAUGAUCAUGCAUCUGAAAGUGCAUGAAAGAUCAUUUAGUACUUUUUCCUUUUUUCUCACAUGGUUUGAAACUUAAAGUGCACAUCACUGAAAUAAUGAGAUUUUCUUCUGAGGUGUGCUACCCUUUCUAAAGUGUUCUAAGAAGCAGGCAGUUGAUGUAUGUUUAUAUUUUAAGUCAGCUGUUAAGGGGAGACCACAGCCUUAGUAUGACAUCCUGCACAAUUUGUGAAGCAUUUAUUCUACUGAAGGCACAGUCUUGUUUAUACUUUCUGCACAUUCAGUGUAUUGGUAGUUUAAAUUAUUUCAGUUUUAACUUGUGAAAGCUCUUAUAAUAUGAUUUCUGGUAUUUUAGAAAUACAUUAGAGUCUGUGAGUCUCAUUCUUUAAGAUACAGAUGUGUGAACUUCAAUAUAAAGUUGCAUUUGCCAAAAUUUACCCGUGUAGCCUGUUAAUUUUCUUGAAAUAAGUUUUACAUUUUGGCACACAACAACUUUUUUUUGAUCUGGGAGGCAAGCACAAACUAGGAAGACUAGCUUUAUUAUGGUUUUGCUUUUUGAUUCUUGUAGCUACUAUAUUCCAGACUGGAAAUACAUGAAUGAUAAUCAACAUAAUGCUGAUAAACUGAUAUAAUAUUAUCUGUAAAAGCAUUAUUUGGUAGUUUAUUAUAAUCAUCCCUCUAUUAUUCUUAAAUGCCAGUAGUAUUUAGAGAUGUGUACCUGCUUAGUUAAUUGGCUCGGAAUUUUAAUAUAAACAUCACACUUUAAUUUGGAGCCUAGUACCAUAGAAAUUUGGGGUUCUAAAUAUACAACUUGUAAGAAGGAUGGUUUACACUAACACUAUGACGAAACUAGGAAAAAUUAUUUUUGCUUGCUUUCUGUUGUUUUGUUUAUUGGUUUGUUUUUGUGAAGUUUAUUUUUUUUUGGUAUUUGAUAAUUAAGAUUAGGAAUCUAAUAGAACAGAAUUCCGUAUUGCUAUAGUACUUCUGUAAAGAGAAUAUCAAUAUAAAUAAGGAAAAUAAAUCAAUGAAAUGUUUCAAUGAUAUAUGCAACUAUUCAGUUUUGCUCAUAUAAGGACAGCUCAAGCCAUGAAUUAGUGAGCAUUCUGACCUCAUUUUUACUUUACACCAAAGUUGAUUAGAUCUGAGACAAAAUUUAAUGCACAACAGUGAGUUGGAUCUAGCAAUAAAGUCUCUUUGGUACUGAAAUCAUUAUCUAAAACAAAGGAAAUGUUAUCAAAAGAUGUUCUGAUAACAUUGUGAUUGCAACUCAAAAAAAUUUACAGUAGAAACAUAAUUGCAAUGAUGAUAAUGACUAAGUUUGCUUAGAGGUUCAAAUAUCACCAGCAAUCAGUAGAAAAUUCAGCAAUAAUCUUAAGGCCAGAGAGGACAGGUUCACCAUUGCAUAGCCAAGAAAACAGAUAUGAGUUAAGAGUUGGGGAUUGAGGAGUCAAGAGCAAGGGCCAUGUGAAGCUGCCUGACUCCACCUAGCUAUUUGGAAUAACCGAUUCCCACAGUUUUGGUAAGCAACCAGCCCCAGUAAUCAGUGAGUCAGGCUGAACUGCAGUGACUUUUAUUUAAGCCUACUCCUGACUAACUUGGCAUUUGCAGGUCAAGCAGGAAGCAGUUGACAAGACACAUCCUCAGUGAAUCAAUGCCAUUUGUAACUCAACUGGUAACAGUAGUAAUCAUAAAAAAUAAAAGCCUACUUCAGUGUCUUAAUGACCAAAUCACAUUACCUAUUUUAGCACUCAUUCCAAAAUUCAGUAUUUAAUGUAAUUAAUCUUUAAUCCAUAAAAAUACAUUCCCACUGUAGCGGGGCAGGGGGUGUCCAAAUUCCCUGUGAGACUGAUUAUCAAUAAUAAUGUGUCCUCCUCUUGGACUGAGCACAAAUCUGAGCUGAACGGCCUUUAAACUGUUUUUCAUAAUAGUGGUGAUAUGUUUGCAUGGAUACGUCUGUACUAUUUCAUCUGGUUCAUUUUGCACGUAAUAGAUUUAUCUGUGAGAUGCCUGGCUGAAGCUAGGCAUUAAGUCUGUGACUGUGGAAUCCUAUGCAGGUAUUAACCAAGGCAGAAAGAGGUGAGUAAAUUGCCCAUUUCUCCACAGAGACCCCAUUUAAAUAACACAAAAUUAACCAUAGUGAUUUAGAUGAAAAAAUUAUUUGUAGAUAGGAUAACCUAUUGACUGAAUCAUCUUUUGCAGAUAUCAGCUGGUUGGAUUUCAUCACCAGGAUUGUCUAUAGAAGUUAACUGAUUUAUGAUUGUUAACACACAAAUACGGCCACUUAUCCCUUUGCCUCAACUUCCAUGGAUGCUACCUGAAUUGUUUGUUCAUUUAUUUACUUAUUCAACAAAUAUGUGCUGGGUGCUGGGCUUGGUGCUGAGUGCAUAGUGGAAAACAAAGCAGAACAGUCUCAUUUAGAUUUCUUAAUCUAGUGGGAAAGAAACAAUAAAUACAUAGUAGCAAUGAGUUGUGAGUGUUAAUAUGGUAAAAAUUCCCUAAGAAGAACUUGGUCAUAAUGGCCAUAAAUGGACUGUUCUCCAUUUUCACUUCAGUGCCUUAUCACCUAUCUUUGCCCAGUGUUAUUUGGGAUCUCGUAUAUAUUAUAUAUACUCCCUCAACUGAGAGGGAACCCCCUCAUUCUAUUCAAAGCACCAGGAACCUUUCACCCACACUUAGACAAAUCAGCGUGUUGUAUUUUAGAACCAGCUCCCAUGUAGUUAAUUAUAUCUGCAUGAUAGCAGCAAAAUCUAUUUUCCCUUCCAAAGUUCCCUUCAUAUCCCAACUAUCCACUUCCAAAACAGAGAUAUUUCAAUUGCUUUGAGAGACAUGGAGGUGUCUUUUCUGACAUACUCAUAUCUUCCUGCAAGAUAGGAUGAAAAUGCGUGGGUAAAAGGCAAUCAAAUGAAUGACUUAUUUGUGUGCAUCUUACGAUGACUUGCGGGGGUCCUCCCAAGUAACUUGUGAAACAGGGUGCAUAUCUUUUAUUAUUAAAACAUGCCACCCCUUCAAUGUUUUUAUUGCUCCUUAAUUGGAACACAAUAAAACUCCCUAAUCGCCUAUCAGCUGAAAAGUUGGCUUGGCCUCCAAAAUUUACUUCUAUUGUAAGUACGAUGAAACUGAUUUAUAACCAUACAGAUUACAUUUUUCAGCUAAACUGUGUCAUAAUUAGUUGGAUUGCACCUGGAAUUACUGUAGGACAGUUGCAAACAGAGCCAAAACUCUUCACUUCUGUGUAUUCACUAUUGGAUAAAUUUACUGGGUUUCAUUAUUUCAUGCCAUGUGUAGCAUAGACUGUAUUAUUAUUAAAACAAAAGCAGUUUGCAUUAAUUUCAUAUUAAAAAGAAAAGAAAGAAGCUAAGAUGAUAAAUGGUGAUGUUUCAAAUACUGGCUAAAGAUGUUAAUCAAUGUAGAUGGUAACCAGAAUUGUGGGUUAUUUAUGGUUCUAAAACCUUGUGAGUUUAUUUUUCUAUGCAAAAAUAUAUCAUUUUCAUGUUUGUUAAUAUUCUCUUAUAAAUGUUUUAAAUGGAAAUUGCAGGAUAUACUAAGAACUGUUUACUGCUGAAAUUUUUUGUUGUUAUUGUCAACUGUGGGCAUGUCAGCGUUCUGUGAGUUUUCUAAUUCCCUCAGAAACUUUUUUUACACCACUUUAAAAUGGUAGAAUUGCUCAGUUUUGAGGCAAAAAUUCAUAAUUAGUCUGUAUAGUGGUUAAAAUGAAAAUAACAUUUGCAAAUGACUGGAAUUUCUUUUUUGGCCAUCAGUCAAAACAGUCAAAUAAGUUAAAGGCAUAUUUGAAUUGGAGCAAUGUAGAGAGAAGUUUUUGUUGUUGUUUGUUUUUUUUUUAUAACUGUUUUUGCCUUAUGCUGCAAUGUAACAGGCUCUAAAUAAUAUAUUAAAACCAAAAGGCUUUAACUGUAUGAAAAGAUUAUAUAAACAAGUCCUGGUUUUUAAAAUGGGGCAGGAGUUUUACAUCAUCCCUUUUUGCCAAAGGGAUGAUGUCCAUUAGCUGCUCAAUCCCUUUGGGUUAAAAGGCUUUUAAAGCCAGUUUUCCUCUCACCAUAACAGGCAGUUAUUACGAGGGCUGGCUCCCUGAAAGGUCCCCAGAGGAAAGCAAGGAGACUGUUUCCCUCUGAGUAAAUGAAAAAAAAAAAAAAAAAAAAAAAAAGGCC